AUGGGCGCCUGCGACACCGUGCCCGCAGAUGACGAGGUCACAGAUACCUAUUUGAAGGCAAUCAAUACGGGAAUCACAUCCCUAUCGGCCAACUACAGGUCCAGUGUUACGGCUCUAGCUGUCUCGAAGGACCACAAUGAGCGCAUUUACAAAUCAAACAUUUCUGGAAAUCGUGCCAAUGAGCUGGCUAAAAUGGCAGUCUUUGCAGGUAAAUGUCAGUUGUCGGAGUCGCAACUAGAUGCAUAUCUACGUUCGGAGGUUCGGAAUGAGCAGCGUCGAAAGCUCUUACCAAGAAGAAACUGUUCAGAUGUAAAGCUCGAGGAUGAGAAUACUCCGCGGAAUGACUACCGUAUUCCAAAUUUCCCUCCUCAGUCCGGAUCAGAUUCAGAAGGCGAGGGUUCUAGCGUCCGAAAAAGUGGCACCAACAAUUACCAAGCACUUGCAGAGAAACCUCAGUUCAGUCUCAAACAGGUACGGAUGAUUUGCGAGCGUCUCCUAAAGGAGCAGGAAAUGCGUCUGCGGUACGAGUAUGAACUGGCCCUGAAUCAGAAACGAGACGGUAAAUUCCUUUCAAAGCAACAUGAUCAGUACGUCCAAUUCGCAAGCGAACAAAUGGCUGCACAGUUAUUCAUUAGACCAUAA